AUGAACCCUUCGGGUGGUGUGUUGGUUCGCGUCCUGCUAAUAUUGGGCGGUACGGGUGUGGGCUUUUUAGCCCUUCAUGAGGGCUACAGCGCGCGGGGACAGACAAGUUUUGUGUGUGCUGGGGUCGUGUCUGGGUCUGUCAAGUCCAGGGCCAAGGAGUAUUCUGGACAAGGCCCUGGUGUCGCGAUCGGUGGUAUCGGGCAGACUCGCGGUUAUCGGUCAAGCCCCGCCAGGUGCCCCGCGCGAGGCCCAGCGACCAGCGGUCGAUGCCGCGGUUUCUUCUUCUGGUCUGGGGUUGUUGGUACCCGCGGAGAAUAG